AAUAAUUAACAGUCGCGUCCCGACGGGCUAUUUCUUUGCAUGUUUUAUCUGUUAGAUUAUUAAUACAGUUAAAUAAUUUAUAAAUUUUAUUGAUUGGAAUGAGAUCGUUACGACAGUUGAAAUAAAUCUACCAUCACAAUCGGAAGCGAUCUCCCAAUGUUAAUUAGCGGUUUUUGUGUCAUUUUAAAAAUUUUUUCUAUAUUUUUUUUGAUAAAUAAUAAUUAUUAUAGAAAGAUAUAAUAUCACGUUAAAUUAAUCACCUCAGCAGCAUAUUCGGAAGAGCUGCGUGAGUUCGCGUCCUCGUCGACUAUAUUCAAACUUGGUUAUUAAACAGUAAUACCACUACGGAAUCAGUCAUUGCGAUUAAGUUCACAUUAACGUCAACAUCUUUGUUCAACAUAAAUUUAUGUGUAUUUGCAAUUAUAUUAUUAAAAGUUACGUUCAGACAAUCUAUCGAUUUGCUUAUUUUGUUUCGUAUAGGUUAAUUAUUUUCGAGUUAACUGUUAUUUGAUUAUUAUUCAAUCGUCGAGUUCAUUAAGCAAAAAACAUUCGAUAUUGAUAACCAAAAUAUAGUGUAACGAAAACUAUUUCAUUCCUUGGUUGCAUCAUAUACAAAUUAUUGAUACAGUCGCGUCAUGGGUAAAUUAAAUAGUUCUGUUGUAGUCAACGUCAAAAGACCCGUUUAUCAACUAGAAGAUCUCAAUGACGCUUAUAGAAAUGACGACUCAAGUCUAGAAAUGACAGGUAAACGCAAAAAAGUUUCAAAAUUGAAGUGGUCAGAUGCUAUGAGUGUAGUUCCGGCAAUCGAUUGGCUAUUUACCAACUAUAACUGGUCCGAAGAUCUCGUUAAAGAUUUUGUAGCGGGAUUUACAGUGGCUGUGCUCAAUAUUCCACAAGGUAUGGCAUACGCCAUGCUUGGCAACGUGGAUCCAACAGUUGGUUUAUACAUGGCUAUAUUGCCUGUUAUCGUUUACAGCUUAUUAGGCACAUCUAGGCACGUAUCCAUGGGAACGUUCUCAGUUAUCUGUUUAAUGACUGGUAAAGUGGUUAAUACUUAUUCAAAUGCAUAUGAAAAGCCAAUGACCCAUACAUUCACUGACUCUGUAUCACAAUCAGUUGUUCCGCCAAUAUACACCCCUAUAGAAGUAGCUACAGCUGUUACCUUGAUGGUUGGUCUUAUUCAAAUACUCAUGUAUGUUUUUCGGUUGGGUGUAAUAUGCACAAUAUUGUCCGAAACAUUAGUAAGUGGAUUCACAGCCGGUGCAGCAGUACAUGUGGUUACAUCUCAAAUGAAAGAAAUGUUAGGCGUAAAAAUCGGUAGCCAUAAUGGACUUUUCCAAAUUGUUCUCACUUACUGUGAUAUUGGAAAACAUAUAAACUCUCUAAACGUUGCAACAGUUAUAGUGUCAUGUAUAACCAUGGUCUCAUUACUCAUCUACGGAUCGUUCCUUAAAGUUAGAGUUAACAAAAGACUGCCAAUACCCAUACCUAUAGAAUUAGUUGUUAUUGUAAUUGGAUCAGCCGUUUUUCAUUUGACUAAUCUCUCACAAUAUUACAAUAUAAGACAGAUUGGAGAAAUUGAAAGAGGUCUACCAGACUUUAAACCUCCACCUGUAAAUUUACUCUUAAGUGUAAUUACAGAAAGUGUGAUAAUCGCAAUCGUAGCUUAUUCAAUAACCAUGUCUAUGGCAUUGCUAUUCUCUGAAAAACUGAAAUAUCCAAUUGAUUCUAAUCAAGAAUUGUUAGCUCAGGGCGCUGCUAACGUGUUUGGCUCAUUUUUUUCUUGUUUGCCAUUUUCAGCAUCACUGUCGCGUAGUGCAGCUCAACAAACAGUAGGAGGUAAAACUCAAAUGGCUAGUUUAAUUUCAGCAAGCUUAUUAGUAGCUGUAGUUCUUUGGAUUGGCCAUCUUUUUCAACCAUUGCCUAGAUGUGUGUUGGCAGGAAUCACAGUUGUAGCGCUUAAAGACAUUUUGCUUCAAGUAUUUGACAUCAUCAGAAUAUGGAAAACAUCUAAAAUAGAUGCCGUUAUUUGGAUAGUUACCUAUUUCACUGUGGUACUCGUAGAAAUUGACGUGGGUCUUUUGGCUGGUGUUGUGGUAUCAUUAUUUUUCGUGUUUUGCCAGGGUAUAAGUAGCGGAAUUUACAUCUUGGGUCGGAUUCCUGAUACAGAUUUAUACGUAGACAUGGCAAGAUACAAGAAGGCUGUGGAAGUACCUAGACUUCGAAUCAUUCAUUAUUCGGGAAGCUUAAACGUAACAAACAGAAACGUGUUCAAAAAGAAAAUUAUUAAUUUAUUUUCGGGAUAUGAUGGUGAAUUGGCUCCCAUAACUAUAACUGUGAGCAAUGGUAAAGAGACUGUUGUAAAAACUCAGUGUGUGAUAUUCGAUUUAAGUGGUAUGCACUACAUAGACACUUCGGGAUUAUCCAUGUUUGCCCAAGUUGUGGAUCAGUUAAACGAAGCAGGUUUAUAUGUUUACGUUGCUGCUGUGUCCGGAAAUAUAUAUGACUGCAUGCAGUCUUCCAAUUUUGCAUCCGUGAUUUUCUUCCCAUCUGUGCAUGAUGCAGCAGUAUUUUACUAUAACCAGGAACAUUGUUGAUGCUUGAUGGACACCCAAGCUUUUGCUCAUUAUAUAAGUAAACGUUUAUUACAUUCUUUAGAACGUUGUACCUCUUCUUCGACAACAAUAAUCUAUUCGAGUAGAGCCGUUUCCCUUACAAAUUACAUCACAUAACAUAUUUAUUUUAGGUUUCUAUUCAAAUCGAAAAUGUGAUUGAAAUUUUAUUUUGCAUUUUAUGCUACUUAUUAGACCGAAAGUAUUGGUUAUUUAAGUUUCUAUUCCUCGCUUUUUAUGAUUAUACUUGAGAUAAUUUAGUAAUUCCGUAUAACUGCAGUGGUUGCGUAUUAAGAGUUGAAGCUAAUUUGAUUAAAAAUGAUAGUAGUUUUAUAUUUGACAAAAAAAAAAAUUAGAGUAUCACGAUAUUCAAGUAAUAGUUGAAAUAGAGAUUAAAAAAAAUCGUAGAUUAAUUAAAAAUGUUAUAUGUUAUUCAUAAAAUUUAAUCAAGUUGAUCUGAAAGAGGUUUAUUUUUAUUAAAAGUAAAUUUAAGUUUUAUUAACGUUUAGUAUCAAUUGUUAAAAUCUGAGGCGAAGAAAAUAUUUUAAAAUUUUCUUGUGUGAGCGUCGUUAUUAUUUUGCAUUAGCUUGGAAUUUAAUAGUUAUGUAUCAGUCUGUGAAUAUUUUAUGAUCUCUGUAUGUGUAAUGGUACGUGGUAUGAAAAGUAAACAAUAAAGUUACCAAUGUAGAUUACUUUAUGUAGAUGUAGUUUGAUAUUUGUUUAAAUGUAUAUUGUAUGCCAAUCACUGGCAUACAUUUUUCGAAUUUAUUUUUGUUUUAACAUUGUUUUCAAUAAAUUAUUAUUACAUUUGGAUGUAGCAAUGAAACUUUUGUUUGGUAUGUU